CGAUAAGUAUAUUCAUAGAAUUUUUCAAACAGAAUGGCUAGCUAAUAUCGUGUUUUAAUGCAAAAUAUGAUUUUGUGGCAUCAACUUUGAAGCUAUUUGCGUUGCCAUCUCAACACCCACGUUAGUGUGUUAACUAGCAACCUUGUAAGCUACAGUAAAAAGCCUCGGGUUGUCCUUUCUAAUAUCACUUGUAGCUAAAUCGGUUUAUUAUUUCACUUCCUUACCAUCAAGUUUUAUUAAUCUUUUAACAAAGUGCACAUUUCUACAGUGACUUGUUUGGUGUGCAAAUAAGGUUACCCGUGGGACUGAGGUCGAUAGCUAGCUAAACAUGUCUGGAUCAAACCAAGGACAAGGAAGCGCGGUUGAUGUUCCACUGCCAGAGUACCAAAAUCAAGAAAAUAUGCUAUCCAGGCUAAGAGGCGCAAUGAAAAACCGGGCCGACAACCAGGAAAACAUUGCCCCCAAAGCGCCACAAAGGACUGUCCUGGGUGCUUUGCAAAACAACCAACGGAGCAAACCUCAAACUCAGCGCGGCGCUAAACAGGUGCCAUCCUGUAAAAAUGAGAAUGAAGUAUCUAAAAGUUACGCAGAGAAGUUGGGCAACAAGCAGCCUGCCUUUCAGAUUCAUGUGGAUGAGCCAGAUGGUUCUUGCGCCAAGAAACAGGUGUCUCUCGCAACCAAGGCCUCCACAGAGAUUUCCCCCCUGAAACUGAACCCAGCUGUUACCCGGCUAAGACAGCCUCUUGCCUGUCUUGACAUACCUACAACAUGUGUUUCUAACAUGGAUGUUAGUUUUGGAGAUUCACCCAUGGAUAUGUCUGUCGUUGAAGGUGAGGAGAGGCCAGUGGAUGUAAAUGCUGCCACGGAGUACAUUUCAGAAAUUCACACUUAUCUUAGGGAGAUGGAGGUUAAGUCCAGGCCGAAAGCAGGCUACAUGAAAAAGCAGCCAGACAUCACCAACAGCAUGAGGGCCAUCCUUGUUGACUGGCUGGUGGAGGUUGGAGAAGAGUACAAGCUUCAGAAUGAGACGCUGUAUCUUGCUGUGAAUUACAUCGACCGCUUCCUAUCUUCCAUGUCUGUCCUGCGGGGGAAACUGCAGUUGGUUGGAACCGCUGCUAUGUUGUUGGCUGCUAAAUUCGAAGAGAUCUACCCCCCAGAGGUAGCAGAGUUUGUCUACAUCACAGAUGACACCUACACAAAGAAGCAAGUGUUGCGGAUGGAGCAUCUGGUGCUAAAAGUGCUCUCCUUUGAUCUGGCUUCUCCGACCAUCAACCAGUUUCUCACCCAGUACUUCCUCACCCAGCCUGUAAGCAACAAGGUGGAGAGCUUGUCAAUGUUCCUUGGGGAGCUCAGUUUAGUGGACUCUGACCCGUUCCUGAAGUACCUCCCCUCUCAGACUGCUGCUGCUGCCUUUAUUGUGGCAAACAAUGUAAUCACAGGAGGCUCAUGGUCAAAAUCUCUGGUGGAGGUGACCGGCUACACUCUAGAAGACUUGAUGCCUUGCAUAGAGGAUCUGCACCAAUUGUACCUCAAUGCCACUUCUCAUGCACAGCAGUCUGUGCGGGAGAAGUACAAGGGCGCAAAGUACCAAGAGGUCUCUCUCUUGACUCCCCCAGAGAGACUGUCCUUAAGUUAAUUUCAUUUUUUCUGUGCUUGCCAAUACAAAGAACUGUUGUAAUGGGAGGCUGUAUUUUUAACAAAUAUUUUUUUGUCCACAUAUUUUUCUACUCUGAGUCCUGUAUUGCCAGAAUUUCAAUAACUGAACCCGCUAUCUAUCUUAAGGAUGUGGGUGAUAUUAAUGAGGUUUUAAUUUAAAAUAUUUUAUGUCCAAUCCUGUCUUUUUAUGCUAGAUUCAUGCCUGAGCAUUGAAGUUAAUCAAGCAGUGUGGUGUUCGUCUUAUUUAGACAGGUGUUCUUUCGUGGUUUUAAAUUUCUUAAAAAGCCGUUGAAGAUGCAUCUUUCACACUGCAUUCUUGUAAUAAAUGCGCAGCGCAUUUUCCCCCUGCAAUUAAUAUACACUUGUGAAUAUUUAGGCUUUUUAUUUUUUCCCAGACUGUACUUUUUUUUGGCUUUUCUGUGACAGCUAUUUUAUAUGAGCAGUAUGGAUGUGGUUGUUGAUAUUCUUAUUGCACAAAUGUAUUCUGGUUAAUGCUACUCCAGCUUAAACUGAGAGUUCAGGUCUGACGUUCGACAGAAUGAUCGGCCUGCUUUUCUGAAAUCACUUACCUCAAUGGUCUUCUUGGAGUUCACUGGUUAUCAAUCAGGCGUCUUACACUCUAUAAAAUGUCUCUUGUAAAUAAAUUCCAUUCCUACAAAGAAUGUUUUAUUCUUGUUUUGGCUUUUUGUAUCUGACUUAACCAUGUUCAAAGUAGUAGUCCCAUGUACUCUGUUCUAAGACGGUGGAUCCCAACUGAGUUUUACUUUAGGUACCACAGGCCACUAAUUAGUUGUGCGUGUCUGAAGUCAAAUACUAUUCAUGGUUUCCUGGCUUUAAUUAGUACAAAGUAGGUUUGUUGAAGAACAUGCUUUUCUACUAUUCUUGACUGCUUUUUUUAAUUUUCAGUGGUUGCUUGUAUUAGCAUUUC